AUGAGUGUUACAUCCUUCAAGGUUCAAGACACAAGCGUUGCAUCCUUCAAGGUUCAAGACACAAGUGUUACAUCCUUCAAGGUUCAAGACAAGCGUUGCGUCAUGUUCAAGACACAAUUGUUGCGUCAUGGAAGGUUCAAGACACAAGCCUUGCGUCAUGCAAGUUUCAAGACACAAGUGUUGCGUCAUGCAAGGUUCAAGACACAAGUGUUGCAUCAUGCAAGAUUUAAAGACACAAGCAUUGCAUCAUGCAAGAUUCUAGACACAAGUAUUACAUCCUUCAAGGUUCAAGACACAAGUGUUACAUCCUUCAAGGUUCAAGACACAAGUGUUACAUCCUUCAAGGUUCUAGACACAAGUGUUACAUCCUACAAGGUUCAAGACACAAGUGUUACAUCCUUCAAGGUUCAAGACACAAGCAUUGCAUCAGGCAAGGUUCUAGACACAAGUGUUACAUCCUUCAAGGUUCAAGACACAAGUGCUGCAUCCUUCAAGGUUCAAGACACAAGUGUUACAUCCUUCAAGGUUCAAGACACAAGUGUUACAUCCUUCAAUGUUCUAGACACAAGUGUUACAUCCUACAAGGUUCAAGACACAAGCAUUGCAUCAGGCAAGGUUCUAGACACAAGUGUUACAUCCUUCAAGGUUCAAGACACAAGUGUUGCAUCCUUUAAGUUUCAAGACACAAGUGUUACAUCCUUCAAGGUUCAAGACACAAGUGUUACAUCCUUCAAGGUUCAAGACACAAGCAUUGCAUCAUGCAAGGUUCUAGACACAAGUGUUAUAUCCUUCAAGGUUCAAGACACAUGUAUUGCAUCCUUCAAGGUUCAAGACACAAGUGUUACAUCCUUCAAGGUUCAAGACAUGAGUGUUACAUCCUUCAAGAUUCAAGACACAAGUGUUGCAUCCUUCAAGGUUCAAGACAUGUGUUGCCUCAUGCAAGGUUCAAGACACAAAUUUUCCAUCAUUCAAGGUUCAAGACAAGUGUUGCGUCAUGCAAGGUUCAAGAUGCAAGUGUUGCGUCAUGCAAGGUUCAAGACACAAGACAUGCAAGGUUUCAAGACACAAGUGUCGCCUCAUGCAAGGUUCAAGACACAAGUGUUGCCUCAUGCAAGGUUCAAGACACAAGUGUUGCCUCAUGCAAGGUUCAAGAUACAAGUGUUGCCUCAUGCAAGGUUCAAGACACAAGUGUUGCCUCAUGCAAGGUUCAAGACACAAGUGUUGCCUCAUUCUAGGUUCAAGACACAAGUGUUGCCUCAUGCAAGGUUCAAGACACAAGUGUUGCCUCAUGCAAGGUUCAAGACACAAGUGUUGCCUCAUGCAAGGUUCAAGACACAAGUGUUGACUCAUGCAAGGUUCAAGACACAAGUGUUGACUCAUGCAAGGUUCAAGACACAAGUGUUGCCUCAUGCAAGGUUCAAGACACAAGUGUUGCCUCAUGCAAGGUUCAAGACACAAAUAUUGCAUCAUGCAAGGUUCAAGACACAAGUGUUGCAUCAUGCAAGGUUCAAGACAAGUAUUGCACCAUGCAAGGUUCAUGACACAAAUGUUUCAUCAUGCAAGUUCAAGACACAAGUGUUGCAUCAUGCAAAACUUAACAAGCAUAGUACAUACCAUGACUACUUCCCCUGGCGCCCUUGA